AUGGCCAUCAUCUCGGCAAGAACCAUCGUAACCUCUCUCUCCCUGUUUCACAUCACCCUCGCCUACUUCUUCAUCACGAACCCGGCUACUAUCGCCGACCAGGGUCUGGUGUACAUCCUGGGCGAGUCCAUGGGCAUGCCCUAUGCGCGGAGUUUCGAGAACAAGUCGCCCGCCCUCGCCUUCCUAGCUGCCGUUCUCGGUAUGCUGGGCGUCAGCGACCUAGUCACCCUCAGCAUGCCCGAGGAGGUUUGGCUCAUCUACCAUUGGGGGACCCAGGCUCCCUUUCGCCUCUUCCUAUCCAUGAUCUUUGUCAUCUACACGUUUCUCUUCGGUCCCUCGUCGCCCCUAUAUGGCGGCUCGACCCGCGACGGCAACCGCCUUGCCCACCCAUUGGCACAGGCGAACAACCCGCGCUACACGCCUUCGACCUGGGGCGGCGAUGCCCUCAAGAAUCGCGUGUUCUUGACAUUUGCGUUCCUAGAGAUGCUCUGUUGGUUCUGGGCGUGGAUGACGCUGCGCGAGGAGCAAGAGCAGUUCCAGAAGAAGCAGAGAAAGCGGAGGGACAGCCAGUAA